AUGCCGUCCACCAAAAAAAAAGAAGGGACAAGCUCAAAAGUCCCUCACUACAUAUCUACUUAAGACACACGAGAUUUGCAACAUGUCUCUAGUUGACGCAGAACGAGCAUCCCCCAUCCGAACCCAUGCGGGAUAUCACAGCUCCUUCAUUAACUCUGGUCAGUGAAGAUGCACAGCAACUUACAAAGGGUGACCUGGAAUCUUGCUUGGAAACCAUGUACACCAAAUUGGCCGCCAAAUUCCAAUCAGAAUUACACAAAAGCACUAAUGUUCUCUCUCAGGAAAUAGCCACAUUGGGCUCUAGAACCGAUUGCUUGGAAACUAAACAUGAUGAACUUAGCCUAGCCUAUGGGGACCUUUCCAGAGAACAUGAUCAUCUACAAACGGCCUUUUUACAAUUGCAGGCACAGGUUGAAGACCUUGAUAAUCGCAACCGCAGAAAUAAUCUGCGAGUCAGGGGAAUUCCGGAAUCUGUUUCUGAUCUCUCACAAACCGUUACCAAGCUAUUCAAAUCUCUCCUUCCAGAUCGCAGCCCCGGGUCCUUUGCCUGUGAUCGCAUCCAUAGAGCCCUGCGCCCUAAACCCCCUAGUGAUAAACCGCCUAGGGACAUUGUUCUGUGUCUAAAGGAUUUCUUGACCAAAGAAGACAUACUCAGAGCUGCUCGCAACACUCCAACGAUCUCCUUUGAAGGCUCGGUUUUACAAAUUUUUCCAGAUGUUUCUCCGGCUACAUUGGAGAAGCGCAGGAAAAUGAAGGAGGUUACAACAGCUCUUUUUUCAGCUCGUAUCCAUUAUAAAUGGGGCUUCCCUUUUAAGUUGAUAGUUCCACAUAAUGGGAGCACAUAUAUUGCUACAUCCCUUCCUGAGGGCAGAGAGAUCCUGACCAAGUUGGGCCUGGCGGAUGCCCCAUCGCCUCGGCGUCCCCCCCUACACCUCGUGUCUCUCCUAUCUGGCACACUCCAUCUCCACGGAGGGAAAGGA